GGUGAGUGCAUACCGAUGCGUCAGGUGUGCGAUAACAUCUACGAUUGUAACGAUUAUACAGACGAGGAAAACUGCGAUCCGAACGAUAUCGGAAACAACAUCGCUGAUGAUGUGUUCGAUCGCGAUGGCAUUAUACGCCAAUAUGGAGACCAUCGCCGUCCUCCGCCGGCAUCUGGGCGCGAUAACGCGAAAAAUAGAUAUGACGAUGGCCUGCACGAGCUCGAUGCGGAUGAGUACGAGCUGUACUAUCCGCUGGAUCAUUACGCAAAAGCAACUCCCCAAAAGCCGUGCGAUGCCAAUCACUUCAAGUGCCAGAAUAAUGUUUGCAUUCCGAUCCGCUUACGCUGCGAUGGGUUCCACCACUGCAACGAUCGGAGUGACGAAGCUGAUUGCGACCGAUAUAGCCCCCCAACAACCACCAGGCGACCCGUGACGCUUGCGCCCACGCGCUAUCCCUGGGUAACACAUGGGCCCGCCCCACUGGAACGGCUGACAACGGCUGCGCCGCCGUUAAAUAGAGUAACACCGGCUGCCACGCGUCCCACCUACACCACUAACCCAAUACCAAUAACAACGAGAGGAGCUGCAUCGAACAGCUCAUCAUCAUCAUCAUCAUCGUCAUCAUCAUCACUGGGCAGCAAUUGCCUCGAAAACAUUGAAUUCGCGUGUCACAAUCGCGAUUGCAUUCCGAUUGAGAGCGUCUGUGAUGGCAUUCCCGACUGCCAAGAGCACGAGGACGAGGACUAUACGCUCUGCAAUUGCAGCGCUGACAAGUACAAAUGUGUGAGGGGCGGCGGUUGCAUACCCAAGACUCAAGUCUGCGAUGGCAAAUCUCAGUGCCGCGAUGGUAGUGAUGAGAGCGCAUGCCACUUUCAUGCCAAAUUCAAUCUGAGCCGCCCGAUCGUCGAGUGCCAGAGCUUUCAAUAUCAAUGCGGGGACGGUAGCUGCAUUUCUGGCUAUAAGCGCUGCAAUGGCAUCACCGACUGCGCUGAUAGCGCCGAUGAGUACAACUGUCUGAUCAAUUACGAUACGAACUACGACAGUGACUCAGACACAGACAAUGAUAAUGAUCCCUUGAAUGAGUGCGAUCUGUACUACUUUGAAUGUGACUUUGGUCAGUGCAUACCCUUAGAGAAGAAGUGCGACGGCUAUGCGGACUGUCAAGAUGAAACGGAUGAGCUCGAUUGUCCGGCCUUUACAGAGCAUUGUCUAGAGCACGAAUUCGAGUGCGAUGAUUACUGUAUACCGCGCGAUCAGCUCUGCGACGGUAUUGUGAACUGCAACGAUGGCAACGACGAACGCAACUGUACUUCAUGUCGCAAUGAGGCCUAUCUCUGCAACACGGGCGAUUGCAUUGCAGCCAAACUGCAUUGCAAUGGCAUCGCGGACUGUUCCGAUGGCAGCGAUGAGCUCAACUGUGGUAGCAGCUGUGCGAUAGAUCAAAUCGCCUGUAACGGCGCCUGCCUCGAUUGGUCGCUGCGCUGCGAUGGUAUACGCGACUGCGACAAUGGCGUCGAUGAGCUCGAUUGUCCGGCCACCGAUCGAUUGACCGCUAAUGACUGCCGACGGGAUCAGUUCUUUUGCGAUGAGUCGUGCUUUGAUCGUUCGAUAUUGUGCGACGGAAAUAUCGAUUGCAUUGACCGCAGCGAUGAGCGCGACUGCCAUUUGCAUACUACACGUCAUCCAUUGUAUCCGCCACUACCCUGUCCACAGCACACGUGCCCCAGUGGCAGAUGCUACACGGAAAGCGAACGCUGCGACGGUCGUCGCCAUUGCGAAGACAGCUCCGAUGAGGCCAACUGCUGUGCUUCGGAUCAGUUCCGUUGCCGUGACGGAAAUUGCGUGUCCCAGGACGACGUUUGCAAUGGAAUCAGACAGUGCAUGGAUGGCUCGGACGAGGAGAACUGCGACAUACUGCAAUGCCAGCAUAAUCAAUUCCGCUGCCGCAACGGACAGUGCGUGAGCCUGACCGCUCGGUGCAACGGCAAGACCGAUUGCCAGGAUAGCUCCGAUGAGAGCAAUUGUGCAUCCGAUACAUCUCCUGCUGGUCGCAGCCAGUUGAACCUGAAGACCUAUCCGGACAGCCAGAUCAUCAAAGAAAGUCGCGAGGUCAUCUUCCGCUGCCGUGACGAGGGUCCAGCCCGUGCCAAGGUCAGGUGGACACGCCCCGGCGGUCGCCCGUUGCCUGUUGGCUUCUCCGACAAGGGAGGACGUUUGGAAAUACCCAACAUACGCGUGGAGGACUCUGGCACCUAUGUGUGCGAAGCUGUUGGCUACCCGAGCUACAUUCAGGGCCAACAAGUGACCGUCCAUCUGACUGUAGAACGCUUCAAUAUCGACGAACACGAACGCCCACCGACAGCCUGUACCGCAUACCAGGCGACCUGCAUGAACAGCGAAUGCAUCGACAAGUCGGAGAUCUGUGAUGGUGUGCCCAACUGCUCGGAUGGAUCCGAUGAGCACCGAUGCAGCCACGGACGCAGAUGCCAGCCGAAUCAGUUCUUGUGCAGAAACAGCAAGUGCGUGGAGCGCACAUGGCGCUGCGAUGGAGAAGACGAUUGCGGCGACAAUUCCGACGAGGAGUCCUGCGACCCCGAGCCCAGUGGUGCGCCCUGCCAGUACGACCAAUUCCAGUGCAACGCCGGCCACUGUGUGCCCAAGAGCUUCCACUGCGACGGCAUCAACGAUUGCCUCGAUGGCAGCGACGAGUUCGGCUGCACGGACCCGAAGCCCCUGAGAAAACCACCACCGAUGCAGUCGCUGAUGGAGGGACAGGCCCUGAACUUGACUUGCACGGGCACGGGUGUGCCCGUUCCGACGAUCAUUUGGCGCCUCAACUGGGGCCAUGUGCCCGACCAGUGCACGUUCACGAGCACGAACGGUCGCGGCGAUCUCUAUUGCCCCAACAUGCAGUACAAGGACAGCGGCGCCUACUCCUGUGAAAUAAUGAAUACGCGCGGCACCAUCUUCGUAACGCCCGAUACCAUAGUGAAGGUGAUACCUGAUCGCAAUCAGGUCUGCAAGGCUGGCUUCUUCAAUAUGCUGGCGCGUUCCACCGAGGAGUGCAUCAAGUGCUUCUGCUUCGGCGUGGCCAGCUCCUGCGAUAGCGCCAAUCUGUUCACCUAUGCCAUACAGCCACCGAUUCUGUCGCACCGCGUGGUCACCGUCGAUCUGACGCCCUAUCAGCAGAUCGUGAUCAACGAGGGCAGCGGACACUCCCUGCUUACGCUCCAUCAUGGUGUGCAGUUCCGUGCCUCCGACGUGCAAUACAGCAGCCGCGAAACACCCUACCUGGCCCUGCCCAGCGAGUACAUGGGCAAUCAGCUGAAGUCCUAUGGCGGCGAGCUGCGCUAUGAGGUCAACUAUUUGGGCAGUGGACGUCCCAUUUCUGGACCCGAUGCCAUCAUCACCGGCAAUGGCUUCAUACUCACCAAUCGUGUCCGCACCCAGCCCAAUAUGGUGAACAAGGUGAGGAUCAGCUUCCUGCCAGGCAAUUGGCUGAAGCCCGACGGUCGCAAGGCCACGCGGGAGGAGAUCAUGAUGAUACUGGCCAAUGUGGACAACAUUCUGAUACGUCUCGGCUACAUUGAUUCGGUGGCCCGCGAAGUGGAGCUAACCAACAUUGCCAUGGACUCGGCUGGCACCACGGAUCAGGGUCUGGGUAGUGCCUCGCUGGUUGAGAAAUGUAACUGCCCGCCUGGCUACAUUGGGGAUUCAUGUGAGAGCUGUGCACCUGGCUUUGUACGCCAGCCGGGCGGUCCCUGGCUGGGUCGCUGUGUACCCUUCGUGCCCGAGCUCUGCCCGGCCGGCACCUUCGGUGAUCCGCGCCGUGGAAUACCCUGCAGCGAGUGCCCCUGCCCGCACACCGGCACCAAUAACUUUGCCAAUGGCUGCAAGCUCAGUCCCGACAACGAUGUCAUCUGCAACUGCCACGAGGGCUAUGAGGGCAGACGCUGUGAGAGCUGCGCCGCCGGCUAUCAGGGUAACCCAUUGAUACCGGGCGGUGCCUGCUACAAGACACCCGAAUCGCAGUGCAACAUCGAGGGCACCUACAACCAGAACGCCGAUGGCAGCUGCGACUGCAAGGCCCUGGUCACCGGAGAUCGCUGCGACACCUGUGCACAGAACAGCUUCCACUUGAAUUCCUUCACCUAUUCCGGCUGCAUUGAGUGCUUCUGCAGCGGCCUGCAGGCGGAGUGUACCAGCACCUCGUGGUACCGCGAGCAGGUCAGCAGCAGCUUUGGCCACUCCCGAGUGCCGCAUGGCUUCCAGCUGGUGCGCGACUACACGCAGGCGAGCCCCCAGUCCGUGCCCUUCGAUACGCUUUCCAAUGAGAUUAGCUUCAGGUCCGGUUCGGAAUAUAGCGCCGACACCCUGUACUGGAGCCUGCCCGCCCCCUUCCUGGGCAACAAACUGACCGCCUAUGGCGGACGCCUCAACUAUACCCUCAGCUACAGCCCACUGCCCGGCGGCCAGAUGUCUCGCAACAGCGCGCCCGAUGUGGUCAUCAAGAGCGGCGAGGAUCUAACCCUCAUUCAUUUCCGCAAAGCAGCCGUCAGCCCCAGCACCUCGAACUCAUACGCCGUGCCGAUCAUUGAGAGCGCUUGGCAGCGCAUCGACGGCGAGGCCACCAAUCGCGAGCAUCUGUUGAUGGCGCUCAGCAAGAUCGAUGCCAUCUAUAUCAAGGCCACCUACACCACCAGCACCAUGGAGGGAUCCCUCAAGCAGGUCGUCAUGGACGUGGCCACCUCCAACGGCUAUGGCACCCAGCGCGCCCUUGAAGUGGAGGAAUGCCGUUGCCCCCAGGGCUACAUUGGAUUAUCCUGCGAGCGCUGCGCACCCGGCUACAAGCGCAAUGUCGAGGGCGGCCUCUACCUGGGCCUGUGCGAGCCAUGCGAGUGCAAUGGCCAUUCCACGCAAUGCGAUGCCGAGUCUGGCGAAUGCCUGAGCUGCGCUGACAACACCGAGGGCGAGAACUGUGAUCGCUGCGCCGCCGGCUAUGUGGGCGAUGCCACGCGUGGCACGCCCCAUGACUGCCAGCCGGACAACAGUGGGCCACAGCCGCCGCAACCGCCGCAACCGCCGCAGCCGACACCAGACGAUCAGCGCGAAUGCCAAUGGUGCAACAGAGACGGUACUGAGGAUUGCCGCAACGGCGUCUGCUACUGCAGGCGCAAUGUGGUCGGGCCACGCUGCGACCAGUGCCGCCCGAACACCUUCGGCCUGGCCUACAGCAAUCCGGAUGGAUGCAAGGACUGCUUCUGCUCGGGCCAUUCGUCUCAGUGCCGUUCCGCCGUGGCCUAUCGCCAGCUAAUCGCCAUCGACUUCAUUAGCAACAAGGCCCUGAUCACGGACGAGUACGGCCAGCAAAUGGAAAUGGACGAUAGCAACCUCAAGAAGGACAUUCCCAAUAACAUGUACACCUACACCUAUCCGUCCUACUCGACCAAGUACUGGAGUCUGCGCGGCAAUGUCCAAGGCAAUCAGCUGCACGCCUAUGGCGGCCACUUGAAAUACACCCUGGACGCGGAGUCCUUCGGCGAGUAUCAGCCCGGCAACGACGUGGUGCUCAUUGGCAAUGGCGUGCGGCUGGUCUGGUCCCGCCCGGCCAAGGAUGCCCAGCUCAACGAGUACAGCGUGCGCCUCAGCGAGGAGGAGCAGUGGCUGCGCUUGGACAGUGGCAGCGCCGUGCCCGCCUCCCGCCACGACAUCAUGAGCGUUCUGGUCAACAUCGAGCAUCUGCUCAUUCGUGCCACACCCAAAAUCCCCACCACUCGCACCUCCAUUAGCGAUGUGACCUGGGAACUGUCAUUGGACGCCGAUCAGUUCGGCGCCGAGCGCGUCACGGACAUUGAGCUGUGCCAAUGCCCGGCCGGCUACACGGGCAACUCCUGCGAGAACUGCGCUCCGCUCCACUAUCGCGAGCAGAACGGCCAGUGCCGCAGCUGUCCGUGCCAGGAGGAGAACACCCAGAGCUGCUACCUGGGCAGCAGCGGCUACGUCGAGUGCCAGUGCAAGCAGAAUUUCAAGGGCGAUCGUUGCCAGGACUUCGACUAUGGAAUACCAGAGCCACCGACCACCGAACAGCCCGACAAUAUACGCAGCCAAAUAAUCGUGUCGAUAUCGAAGCCACAGAUCACGAUAAUGCCCGUCGGUGGUUCGAUUUCGCUGCACUGCAACGGACGCAUGAAGUGGAAUAAUAAUCCCGUUGUCGUCAGCUGGUACAAGCAGAACAGCCAAUUGCCCAACACAGCCGAGAUCUCCGGCGGAGUUCUGAGCCUCUAUAAUAUGCAAGUGACCGACUCUGGCGUCUACAUCUGCCGUGCUGUCAACAACCAGACCUCACGCGCCUACGAGGACAUGGUCUCCAUAACCAUAACACCGCAUUCCCAGCGCUCGCGCGCUCAGAUUGUGAAUCUGCCGCAGACGGUGACCUUCAAUGAAUAUGUGGAAAACGAGAUCAACUGCGAGGUGGAGGGCAAUCCGGCACCCGUAGUCACCUGGACACGCAUCGAUGGCCAAGCGGACGGAAACACGCGUACGGAUGGCUCACGCUUGAUAUUCGAGUCGCCGCGUAAAUCGGACGAGGGACGCUAUCGCUGCCAGGCGCGCAACGAUCUGAAUGUCGAUGAGAAAUAUGUGCAGGUCUAUGUCGUGGGCAAUGCGCCGCAGCCCCAGCCGCCAGCACGGGAUCGGCUCUACAUUCAGCCGGAGAACUACAACGGCGAGUCUGGCGACAUAAUUCGCUUCGUUUGUCAAUCGACCAGCGGCGCCCAGCUGCACUAUGAGUGGCUCCACGAUGGCUAUCCACUAAAUGUCCCGCAGUCGUCGCACGUGAUCAUUAGCGGCGAUACGCUAGAGAUUCGAGAUGCUACCACCCGGGAUAAUGGAGUCUACACGUGCGUUGGCAUCGAUUUGAGAACGCAUCGCAACUAUACCGAAGAUGCACGCGUCUAUAUCGAAGAGCGACAGCAGCCUCCCAUCGGCAAUGGCGUUGUUCCCCGUAUUGUGAAACUCAAGGAGCAUCACAUCAUAUAUCAGGGCAGUGACUUGAGCAUUACGUGCGAAUCGAGCGGCUCUCCCUACCCUACCAUUAAAUGGAUGAAGGUUCACGACUCAAUGCCCUUGAAUGUCCAAAUCACGGGCAACGUUCUGACCAUUCACAAUGCCAUGAUUGAGAAUCGUGGCUGGUAUGAGUGCACGGCCCAAAAUGCCCUUGGUAGCGAUCAAUCAAACACUUAUAUAGAUGUUGAAGCUCGGGAGCGACCGAGCGUUGAGAUAGAGCCGAUAAGGACGCUCACCGUCGGCGAAGAGGGCGAACUUUCUUGUCGCGGCCAUGGCAUACCCGAGCCGACGGUGCAGUGGCGCCGCGUCGACGAUACACCACUCUCGUCCCGGCACAUCGAGCAGUACCCGGGCUACAUACUCAUCAAUAAUGUACAGGUAGCGGAUAGCGGAGACUACGAGUGCUCGGCCGUGAACACCGCUGGACGCACCACAGGCGUUGUGACGCUGCGCGUGAUAGAGCCACCGGUGAUCCAAUUGGAUCCGAGCGAAUCUCACAUACAGUACACCGAGGGCGACGAGGUGCGCAUCACGUGUAUUGCGAGCGGCACACCGAACCCGACCGUGCAAUGGGACGACCAGCCGCUGGUUUACGCGCUGGACAAUCGCCAGAUUGGCUCGAACACCGCCUUCUUGAACAUCAAUCGGGUGACACAGGCGGAUGCCAGGGUCUACGUGUGCAAGGCCACGAAUGAGGCGGGCACCGAUGAGCGUGCCAUACGCAUCGAAGUGAAGCCUAAGCGAGGUGACAUCGGUGAUCGCGAUGGCGAUGUGGAGCGCGAUCCCUACGUGCCGCCGAACUAUUUGCCCCAGCGUCCCAGCUCGGACCCCAAUCAGCGUUUACUCACCCACCUGGGCGGUAACGUGACCCUCACCUGCAACCUGGAUCCCUAUUUGAACACCAAAUGGACGCGCGUCGAUGGACAGCCGCUGCUGCCAAAUGCUCGCUCCGAGCACAAUAAACUGACGAUCACAUUCGUGGAGGAGCACAAUCUCGGCCAGUAUCGCUGCAAUGCCAUGGAUCGUCGCGGCACAAUUGUAACGUAUCUCGUGCGCGAAUUGGUGCGCUCGCCACUGCCACAGAUCACCUUCCGACCCAACAUCCCGCUCGAGGUGGAGGCCGAUCGCAAUGUCGAGAUCUACUGCGAUGUGACAGGCGCCCGGCCCGAGGACGUGAAAUGGACCACCGAAAAUAACCGACCACUGCCUAGCUCCGUGCACAUCGAGGGACAACUGCUGCGCUUCAUAGCUAUAACACCGGCCGAUGCGGGCGGCUACAGCUGCACGGCGUCGAACGAGUACGGAAACAUCAGCAAGAUCGCCCAGGUGGUUGUGCGUCCGCCGGCCACCUACACGCAGCAGCCGAUAUCGCAGCAGCAGCAGCGUCGUGAGGGCGAGAGCAUCCAGAUGCGCUGCUCUGUGACAACGCAGCGUGGCGAGCAGCGCGGCAAUACGCAGUUCCACUGGUAUCGCGAGGACGGACAGCCGCUGCCCAACAACGCUCGCUCCGACAGCCAGAUCCUGAUACUGACAUCGUUGCGCCUGGACGAUGCCGGUCGCUACAUCUGCGAAACGUACGACAUCAACACCCGACAGAGCUUACCGCCCACCUACGUCGAUUUGAGUGUACAGCGUGAGUAAAACCCUAGAACGUCACCCUUAAAAAGAAAAACCACACUGAACAUACUACCAAACCAACAAAACAAACAAAAAUU